UUAAUUAGUACUGCAUUUCUUCUCCAUGACAAGCCGUCCUCAGAAGAAGAAACCUAGUUCAUCUCACGGCAGUUGCAUCGACAGUACUAGUGCUGUUGGUCAUGGUUAUGAAUCUAUGGGAUGCAGAAAUAGUAAAUCGGACAAUCCUAGCUCCGGUACAAGAGCAGCAGAAUCUGUCACAGGCACAUCAACUCAUAAUGGUUCAAGCCAAGAUAAAAGUGCAAAGACGCAGCGCCAACAAGAAGCAGCAAAGUCUGUCACGGGCACAUCAAAGCAUAAUGGUUCAAGCCAAGAUAAAAAUGCAAAGACGCAGCGCCAACAAGAAGCAGCAAAGUCUGUCACGGGCACAUCAAAGCAUAAUCGUUCAAGCCAAGAUAACAGUGCAAAGACGCAGCGCCAGCAAGAAGCAGCAAAGUCUGUCACGGGCACAUCAAAGCAUCAUGGUUCAAGCCAGCAUAAAAGUGGAAAGACGCAGCGCCAACAAGAAGCAGCAAAGUCUGUCAUGGGCACAUGAAAGCAUAAUGGUUCAAACCAACAAGAAGCAGCUCAUGUCACUGGCGAAUCAAAGGGAAGGGUUUCAAGCGAAGAUAACAAGGCAAUGGCGAAGCGCCAAGAAAAUCAAGCUGCUUCUUUCCCUGACAAAUCAAAGCGAGGAGGGGCUGGGGAUGAUCAUCGCAGCCGAGAUAAAAAUGCACCGACGAAGGGCCAUAGAAAGGCAGAUUCUUGAGUCCAAGAUGGAACUGAUGAUAUCUGAAGCUCCCAGACAUAAACAAUCCACAUUUAAGGCCAGUAUAACAUUGCCAGCACCAGCACUAAGUCAACGCACUGUAUCCCUGGGAACAGAAAAUCGAAAAAAGGUUACUAGUUAUCUCUAUCUUCAGCUAUAUAUGUAUUACGGCAUGGUGUUAGAUGGAUUCAUUGAUCUCAAGCAUGUUUACUCCGGUUCACAUAUCAGUACAAUGAAUUGGAAUCUGAUCGGCCAUUCCCGGAGGAGUGACAUUGCCUACGCCGAUCAUGAACAUGGACCUCAUAUGCUGGUAUCAAUCAGUUUCGACCCUCGUUGUGACUCGUUGUCUCCACAAUCCAGCAUGCACUUCGCUGCUUUCUGUGCACCGCUCCUUACUCGCUCUUGCUGCUCACGCUUGCCUCCUUCGUUUUCGCCAGUCUGUCUCUUUCUACCACUGCAGGUUCUUGGAGUUUUCAGCUUCCUCAAUCCUAUGUUGCUGCUCAUCAUGAUGACCUAUUGAGUGAUAGAGCCUUUCAGUUCACUUAGUCUGUAUUUUUGAAUUUAUUGUAUUUCUCUUUCCUGGUACUCUUUUUCCUACAGGUUGUUUUCCCCACUGGGGUUUUUCUUCCUGUAGGUUUUGAUGAGGCCAUGCUUGUUGUUAUGUUUGUUUUCGGGACUUUUUGGUUGUUGGAUGAUUUCUUUCUUGUAACUCUUUUUUCUUACUUUAAUAAAUUUAGCUUG